UUUCACCGCACUCUCGAUAAGCAUUGGUCAAAACUCUGCUCUCUUUGAACGACCCUUUCUUCCCCUCUCUCUCUAAACCUACCCCUUUUCUUGUCUUUCUUGAAAGGAACUGCAAAAAUGGAAGAUAAAUCAAUGGCAUCCGAGUCGACCCACCACAUCGAAUCCGACCACGGGUGGCAGAAGGUGUCGUAUUCCAAGAAGCAUAAGAAGAAUCAGCAGAAGCCGGCGGCUUCAGAUUCGUCUAGGAUCGUCGCCAAUGGAUCUGUCGGAGCCACUGUGUCCGGCGUCGACAAUGUGUUUAGGUCGCUGGAGAAGCAAUCCGAGGAGCGGCGCAGCAGAAUUGAGGCUCAGAGAGCCGCGAUGUUCCUCGAGGACGAGGCUCCGGUGAGAUCGGCGGCGAAACACCGCUCGGACGAUGAGGAUGAGGACAGCGAUUCCUGGGGCGCUGAUCGUGGGAGUGGCGUGCAGAAUGGAGAGGUGGAUGGGAAGAAGAAGGAGAAGCAAAAGAAGCCGAAGAAGCCGAAGGUCACCGUCGCUGAAGCCGCCGCCAAGAUCGAUGCGUCUGAUUUAUCGGCUUUCCUUGAUGAAGUCUCUGAAUCGUACGAAUCGCAACAAGACAUACUUUUGAUGCGAUUUGCUGAUUAUUUCGGGCGUGCAUUCUCAGCUGUGAAUGCUUCACAGUUUCCAUGGUUGAAAUUGUUCAGAGAGUCAUUGGUUGCAAAGAUUGCAGAUGUCCCUGUCUCUCAUCUCUCUGAACCUGUUUACAAGACUUCAAUUGACUGGAUCAAUAAACGGUCUUAUGAGGCUCUUGGACCCUUUGUGUUAUGGUUGCUAGACAGUAUCCUUGCUGAUUUGGCAAUUCAACAAUCUGGUUCUAAGGUCUCCAAGAAAGGUGUCCAACAAACUUCCUCAAAAUCUCAGGUGGCUAUAUUUUUGGUUCUAUCAAUGGUAUUGCGACGGAAACCUGAUGUUUUGAUCAAUAUAAUGCCAACCUUGAGGGAAAACACGAAGUAUCAAGGACAAGAUAAGCUUCCUGUUACUGUUUGGAUGAUAGCUCAGGCUUGUCAAGGUGAUCUGUGUGUAGGGUUGUAUCUUUGGGCACAUUGGAUCUUGCCUUUAGUCGGUGGCAAAUCGGGAUCUAAUCCACAGACAAGGGACUUGAUUUUGCAGUUGGUGGAAAGGAUUCUGUCUGUUCCAAAAGCUCGCAGUAUUUUAGUAAAUGGUGCUGUUAGGAAGGGAGAGCGUUUGGUGCCACCAUCCGCACUUGAUUUGCUGUUACGAGUGACGUUUCCUGCUUCUUCAGCACGAGUUAAGGCUACCGAAAGGUUUGAGAAAAUAUAUCCCACUCUCAAAGAGAUUGCUCUUGCUGGUUCUCCUGGCAGCAAAGCAAUGAAGCAAGUGUCGCUUCAGAUCUUUGCAUUUGCUACUAAGGCUGCUGGGGAAGGUAUUUCCGAACUAUCUAAGGAAGGGACGAGCAUAUUUAUAUGGUGUUUGACCCAAAAUGCUGAGUGUUUCAAGCAGUGGGAUAAGAUAUAUCUGGAUAACAUAGCAGCGAGUGUUGCUGCCUUGAGAAAGCUCAAAGAAGAGUGGAGAGUGUUGUCUGCAAAUCAAUCUUCGCUUGUUGUUGCCAGAGAAACUCUCAAGGGUUUCAGGAACAAGAAUGAGGAAGCAUUAAGUGACGGAGUCGAUGCUAAACAUCAAUCACUGCUUAAAGACGCUGACAAGUACUGCAAGGUUUUGCUGGGAAGGCUGUCUCGUGGACACGCAUGCUUGAAGAGUUUGGCCGUCAUCGUGGUCUUACUGGGCGUGGGAGUAGCUGUUACUAACCCCGAUAUACAGUCGUGGGACUGGGACAAGUUGAACCACAAGUUGAUGGUUCUGUUCAACGCCCCCCUCCGAUCUUAGUAGCUUUCUUCGCCCGACGAGUGAGACAGAGGAUACGAGGUAUUUAUUUCAACGAAAAAGCUAAUAAAAUUUGUCCAGAAUAAAAAGAAAGGACAAAAAUAUGUAUGGGGUAGUUUCAGGGUCUCGUCGAGGUGAGUUGUGAGGUAUGACUGGAAUUUUCGCGAGGAAAGGAUGAAAUAGGUAAAAAAAAAUGGAGAGGGGACUAAAUGGCUCUCUCUUUUUAGCUCUAAGUGAAGUUUGAUCUCAAGUAUUUAGUUAUUGGCUCAGCUCUAACAACAUCUUUGUUUCUGGCAAAAAACUGUCUUACAGAGAGAAAUUGUACUUCAAAAGAAGGAUUUUGUUAUGUUCCUUU